AUGCUAAACAUACUUACAGCCCGCAGCUCUCGUGCGGACAACAGAGGCUACGGGACAAACUCGGAUUCCGAUGACGGUCAAAUCAUACUCGUGGGCUCAGACGAGGAGUUCACCCAGUGCGGGUUCAAUUCCUGCCAAAUCCGUUGGAGCGAAUUCGACAAUGUCGACGAUGAAGAGUCGGCUUUGGCCAAGCGAUGCGCCUCCAUCCCAAUCAUCCAUCGGCACGCCUUGGUAAAAAAUCGCUGGGUCACUGAUUCCAUCAUUGUGCACGAUCCUGCCAUGCGGGACGUUCUUAGCGCAGUGCUUGCCAAGUAUCAAGAUCUCGACCUAGAGCUCCAGGACUGGACCUUUGAGCCUCCAUUUAUGCCCUUGGUUCAUCGUUGGCAGACUUUCAAGGAUUACCACGGCACGGCGACCCCAGGACCCAUGAAGAACGCGUCCUCAGCAUUGUUGGCGUUCCUGACACCCAUCCUGGCUUCCUCUGUCCUCUCGCUCGCCCAGACUAAGAAGACCGGCCAGAUCAGUUUCAACAACAUUUGGCAGAUCUUCUCCCCAAGUUCCAUCGUCGUCACCAAGUUUUACGGCAUAGACACCAUCUGCAGGGUAGUCAAAUACAAGAAGCGACGUGCGGACCCCGGCGCUCCCCAGCGGUGGGCUAUCGACAUGGAAUACGUGGACUGGAACGGCGAGACGUGUGGUUGGGCGACGACCACUCUCACCAUAUGGGAGUUUGAGGGCUUCAGGCGAGUCACCGGGCUCCCCGUCUACCCACUCUCGUUCUCCAAUGACGCUGCCAAGAUCAAGGCCGAGAUGAUUGAGAGAGGACGCAAGUUUGAGAGCAUUCGUGGCUACCAUUUGAUGGCGGCGAAUGGAACCAAGAUCUUGCUCGAGGGGGAGGAGUCUCAGCAGCGACCAGUGGCUGGAAAAGUAUGCGUCGACGCAUAUGCAUACUACCACAUCUGCAACAUGGUCAAGCCGAAGCUGCGACCCCUCAGCAACAAAGUCGACGAUGAUUCAGAUGAGCCCCAGACUAGAGAAAACGACGCAUGUAUGACCUGGGCGGGGUACCAAUCCAGGUUCACCGUCACAUCCGUCGAAACUGUCACAGCUGCGAAGGGUCCAGCGGAACGGACAGAGGAUCUGACGCCGCUGACCGAAGAGGAGAUGCUCAUGACUACACCCUGGGUCAAGGGAUUCGACCUCAAAUCGAAGGAAUUCUGCGAGCUGCACAUCGCGGACUUGAAGGAGAUGAUGUGGAACGAUGAGGCAUUCGAGAAGCUUGUCCUUCCUGGUGGAGAGAAGGAGCUUGCUUGGGCGUUUGUCGAGAACAAGAGCCCGUCUACGUCGGACUUUGAUGACUUCAUCCCCGACAAGGGCCGCGGGCUGAUUAUUCUGAUGUUUGGGCCGCCUGGAGUUGGCAAGACGUUCACGGCCGAGGCUGUGGCGGAGAGAUCGCGAGUGCCGUUGUACUCUAUGGGUGCGGGCGACCUGGGCAUCCAGCCGGCCGAGGUAGAAGCUGCUCUUGAACGCGCCCUGGAGCUUUGUCGAAUGUGGAACGCCAUGCUCCUCCUCGACGAAGCCGAUGUAUUUCUCGGCGAGCGUACCAGCGAGUCCCUAGCGCGUAACGAGCUGGUAUCCAUCUUCCUCACCAAACUAGAGUACUACCAGGGCAUUCUCUUCCUCACCACCAACCGCAUCUCCAGUAUCGACCACGCCUUCCAGUCACGCGUGGACCUCUUCCUCCCGUACCACAACCUCACCAGUGCGGCGCGUCGCCAGGUGUGGGAGAAUUUUAUUGAGCGCGCGGGACGGCACAAGUUUGACGUGUCGGAUGCGUCGCUGGAGAAGCUGGCCGAGUUGAAGCUGAAUGGGCGCGAGAUCAAGAAUCUGAUCAAGUCGGCGCAGUUGCUCUCGCUGAAGGACGGUGGCAAGGUUCCGAUCGAGAGGCUGUUGUUGCUUGCUGAUAAGCGGAUGCAGGCGCUGAAGUGUCUUGAGGUCUGA